AGCCGGCUGCAUGGCGCGCUGCGAGCUGCUGCGCGGCGCGGGUCUGCGCGACGUGCUGGGCCGGGCUCAGGGGGUCCUGUUCGACUGCGACGGGGUGCUGUGGAACGGCGAGCGCGCCGUGCCGGGCGCCCCGGAGCUGGUGCAGCGGCUGGCGCGGGCCGGCAAAGCGGCGCUGUUCGUGAGCAACAACAGCCGGCGCGCGCGGCCCGAGCUCGCCCUCCGCUUCGCGCGCCUCGGCUUCGGGGGGCUGCGCGCCGAGCAGCUCUUCAGCUCCGCGGUGUGCGCCGCGCGCCUGCUGCGCCAGCGCCUGUUCGGGCCGCCCGACGCGCCGGGCUCCGUGUUCGUGCUGGGCGGCGAGGGGCUGCGCGCCGAGCUGCGCGCCGCGGGGCUGCGCCUGGCCGGGGACCCCGGCGAGGACCCGGGCGCGGCCCCGCGCGUGCGCGCCGUGCUCGUGGGCUACGACGAGCACUUCUCCUUCGCCAAGCUGAGCGAGGCGUGCGCGCACCUGCGCGACCCCGACUGCCUGCUCGUGGCCACCGACCGCGACCCGUGGCACCCGCUCAGCGACGGCAGCCGGACCCCCGGCACCGGGAGCCUGGCUGCCGCAGUGGAAACAGCCUCGGGCCGCCAGGCCCUGGUGGUGGGCAAGCCCAGCCCCUACAUGUUCGAGUGCAUCACAGAGCACUUCAGCGUGGACCCCGCCCGCAUGCUCAUGGUGGGCGACCGCCUGGAGACUGACAUCCUCUUCGGCCACCGCUGCGGCAUGACCACCGUGCUCACGCUUACGGGCGUCUCCCGCCUGGAGGAGGCCGAGGCCUACCUGGCGGCCGGCCAGCAGGACCUCGUGCCCCAUUACUAUGUGGAGAGCGUUGCGGACUUGAUGGAGGGGUUGGAGGACUGAGCCCACCCAGCCUGCAACCGGGGCCCCACCCCUCCCCCUCCCUGAUCCCACAGAUGGAGGCGAUGGGCCGAGGGCCGCAUUAAGCGCCACCAGCUCCCUGGCCCUACUUUCUGCACCCUGGUGGGGCUGGGACCCAGGGAGGUUUUAGGGCCCUUGCACCCCUUCCUAGUGGUGGCUGGGUGCUCUUUACUGUCCCAGAAGCUGCCCCCCUCCCCCACCGGUUCACCCUGGCCUGACCCAGCCAGGUGGCCCUAUUUCCUGCCCUGUGACCUCCCCUCCCUGAAAUCUGGGCCCUGAUGCCCGCUGAAGAUUCCCCCAACCCUGAGCACUUAACCCCCUACCCUGCCCUGGGACUGCAGACCUCCACCUGCCCCUCCGUCCUGGCCUUGGGGUCAGAGACCAAUCAGAGGUCUAGGCUCCCAUGAACCUUUGUUGUCUUGAGCCGUGAAUGGACCAGUCAGAAGGCAAGUGACAGCCGCACUGAUGGGUCCUAAGUGGACCAAUUGGGAGCCUAAGUAACAGUGAUCCUCUGAUGUCCUGGAGCCUGAGUGGACCAAUCAGGACACCAGGUAAUAAUGACCCAUUGGUCACUUAGAUCCUGAAUAGAACAAUCCAGAAGUCAGAGAGACAGCAGCCUCUUGACAAUCUGGGUCUGACUGAACCAGCCAGGGGUCCAGAUUUCUGUUGAGAAAUAAGGGUCCAAGUGCUGAAAACACCCCUCCUCCACAGAUCACGAUCCAGGGGGCCCCUCAGUGGCUCUGGGGGCUUCUGUAGCCAAGAGCCCUGCCCUUCCCUGAUCGUGGUACUAGUCCAGUGCUGAUGGCAGCCACAGCUCGGGAGGGGGGGCUUUUGUGUCCCUCCAUGUGUUGCCAGUGUUUGCUGUGCCACCUCUGCCCCGUGCCCACCCCCAGCUAUUUAUUUAUUUAUUAUGGUGUGCCAGUGAUGGUGGGGGUGGGGGCUGGGCCUCCCCCACUGCCUCCACCCCUGUUGUAACCAGUCCUCCUGGACUUAAUAAAGUGUGAGUGGGAA